AUGUUUAUUAAAUUCAUUUUACCUGUAUCUUUUAUGUGCUACAAUUUUGGAAAGAAAUUCAAUAUGUUUAGUUAUUUUCAAAAAAUCAAAGUAUCAGAUCAGGAAUUAUUAUCAUCCAUUUAUGAUUAUGAAGUAAAAGAUUUAUCAGGAUCAAAUGUAUCAAUGUCUAAAUUUAAAAACAAAGUUUUGAUUAUUUUUAAUUCUGCUUCAAAAUGUGGAUUAACAAAAAAUCAUGUAGAACAAUUUAAUAAAUUACAUGAAAGGUAUAACUCAAGAGGAUUGGAG